UUUUUUUUCCCCUUUCUCUUACGCUCCCUUCGUCAGUCACUGCGACCUUCCUUUGUAGCUCUUUUCACUUUCAUUCGAAAUAAUCGAAUCCAUCCAUUAUUACACACAACAACAACAAAAUAAAAGAAGAAGAAGAAGCAGAAAUCGAAACUGCAUAAUGUCAGUGUACGAGUAUCCGAGGUUAUCUGUUCCCGAAAUCAUCACUGCCCUCAAGGAAGCUCAGAUCGCUAGCAUUACGGACGCCGAUUUCAAAAACCCUACUCUCGACUUUGUCUCUGAGCUUUACACUAAACUUCUUGUCUAUCUCGACGACAUGAAAGAAGAAGAGAAAGGGCAAGUCGAUUUUGAAGCAUUGCAGCAAUUGGAGAAUCCAGAUCAUCAUCUCUUCUCACUGCAAUAUUCGGAUCUCUAUUGCAGAGUGAAAGACAUGCUAGAUAGUGUUGCUUGUCCACUACAGAUGAAUUACAAGGAUCUGAUUCGCCCCGAACCAUCCCGUACCGAGUUUUUCAUCAGUUCACUUAUGAACUUUGCUCUUCACAAAGAUUCAAAGAUGAAUAAAAUAAAAGAAAUGGCUGAGGAGUUGACUCUCCUUGAUGAGCAGCGGAAGCAGUCGGAUGCAGAGAUUGCUCAGUUGAAUGCAGAGAUUGGAGAAUUUGAUGAAGCCGCUGAAAGGGAUUUACCCUUUGUCCAAGAGCUAGAAGCGAAGAUUGAAGAACUCAAUCAGACUAUAUUAGGACUGAAUAAUCAGCAGAUGUCACUGCGGGCUACCUUCCAACAGAUGAGAGAGAAGAGUACACAGAUGGAUAACGAGAUUUCCAAAGCAGAGUUUGACCUUGUGCAAACUGUCCAAGAAAAUGCAAACCUCCGCUCACAAAUUGUUCAAUCUCCAGACAAAUUGCAGGGAGCUUUAGAAGAGAAGAAGCUAGUACUUGGGGAAACAAAGAAAGCUGAGCAAUCAGCAAUGGAAACUUUCCAGGAAAAGGCUGCCAUUCUUGAGGUUUAUGAAAAGGCCUUCAAGAAAAUUUCAAAGUCAUCUUCGCAACUGCAGUUAAUUAACGAACAGGUAACUAAUGCGAAAGCUGUUGAGAAAGAAUUCAAAGCACUUAAAUCUAAGCUGAGCGAGGAUGGAGUAGCGUACAAAUCACUUGAGGCGAAAGUGGCUGAGCGGGAAAGAAUAGUGGAACAGUUGAACAAAUCAUUGAAACAACUAGAGAAGGAAAAAGCUGUCAUGUCUGAUGAUUGGACAAAUCAACUGAAUAACCUAAAAGUAGAGGUUGAAUCCAGAAGACGUGAACUUGAAGCCAGGCAAACUGAUGUGGAAUCAGUAGUAGCUGUGGUUGAUGACAAUAAUGCCAAGAUUAAGCAGGUGAGACAGUCAGGAGAAGCUAAAGUGAAACAGUUAGCCGCUAAAUAUGAAGAGAUCGUGAAGCAGUUUCGUGAAUACAAGGUGUCCUUUGAUGCGGUUCUACCAAGCCUUCAAAAAGAUCAAGGCAGUUCUGACUGAAGCUAAAUGAAGCAUAAUGAGAGAGGGAUUGAGAUAAAUUAAGAGAGAGAGGGAGCUUGUAAAUGACCACAUUUCCUCUUCAAAUGGCUAAAAGAGUCGAUUAGAUAUUAUUUGCUACAAAUACGAAAAGACAUUGCUAAUGUAAAUGUAUUAAACUUGGAAAAUGUUGUAACUUUUUUAUGUUGACGAGGGAGAACCGAACUCGUGACCUCAAAAACAAAAACAUAAAAGCACCACUAGCCUAUCGAACCUCUUGGUAAUUAAAAGUUCAAAGAUGUAACAAAACACAAAAAAAAAAUGUGGAUAAAAAUAUCCUUCGCGGUGCUUUUUGCAAUCUUCUUCUUUCAAUAUCUGUGGAUUUCUUCGGGUAUUGAUGAUGUUUCUGUAAAAACUCCCAGAAGAAGGAGAAGAAAUCGCACAAUUACGAAAUCGAUGUCGACGCAAUCUUUCAGUAUAAUAAUAAUAAGCAGGUAGAUAGUUUCGUACGAAA